UUCAAGCAAACUUUGGGAUAUUACUAAUAUAUUUGCAGGUAUGGCCAAUAGUUAAGCUCAUUUAUGCAACAAAUAUGUAGUAUAAAGCAGGACACAAAAUCAUGUAUUUCUCGUGGUUUUCCAAAAUCUGUACAUAAUUCUCCGGCAGCAUAUUAAGCGUCCAUGUUGGUCCUCCUCAAAACAGUUACAAAUGUUUUUAAAGAUGAUGAGAAUAACACACUCACAAAAGAGCUUGCUUUUACCCAAAUAGUUUCAAGUGUAAGCAAGAGAUCAGAGAUAGACAGAUAGAAAGUUUUAAAGCGAAAGCAAAAGUAGAUAAAGAGGACGCUCUACAAAAGGAAAGAAACCCAUGGCUGUAGAAACCAACUGAUGAUUCCCAUGUCUUAAUUCUUGCGGGCGUGUCCAGUUUGCCUGGAAAGAAACCGAACUGGUGCUACAGUACUCGGAGAAUGAAGAACAUUGCAAGUAUAGGAAGCAGCGGGAGGUCAUCGAUGGACGAUCAUGAUGAUGAGGAGAUAGCGAAGAUGGCAAUUGCAUCAUUUCAAGCUAGAGAAGAAGAGAUCGAGAGGAAGAAGAUGGAGAUGAAAGAGAGGGUGGAGUCUCAGCUCAACCGUGCUGAGGAAGAAACUAGGCGUUUGGCACAGAUAUGGGAGGAGCUUGAGGUUUUGACGGAUCCCAUGAAGAAGGAAGUGGCAGCUGCCCGCAAAAGAAUCGACUUGGUCAAUCGAGAACUGAAAUCACUAGGACAGGCCUGCCAAAAGAAGGAGAAAGAAUACAAGGAAGUUUUGGAUAUUUUCCAAGAGAAAAGCAACGAAAAAACCCAACUAACGACCACGUUAAUGGAGCUGGUGAACGAAAGCGAGAAACUGAGAAUGAGAAAGCUUGAGGAGCUCAGCAAAUUUGUCAGCACUGCCCGCUAAUACUGGUCAAAUUCUGCCAUAAAGAGUUUCUGUAAAGUAUUAUGUAUUGGCGCCAACUUGUGUUCCCUUUUUUCCUUUUCUUGUUUUAUGAGGAAGCAUCUUGCUAACUAUUAAUUACUAGAAGAACACUGCAUUAAUGGGUGCAUAAUAACAAGUACUGAAACGCUUGAGUGCUGCCA